UUUUGAUACAUACAUUUUGAUAUUCCUGAUGUGUGUUCAAAUGCACCUGUUCUAAAGGUGUAGCAGCGUUUGAACUUUCUGGUGCUUAUGAUUACCAGGGAAGUGUUUUUGCUUUUGUUGUAACAGCCUGUGUGGCUUUCAGCAUCGUUAGUAUUUUGCAGCAAUUAAGCCUAAAAGCUCCUUGUCACUGAACAAAGAUCUUGGGCAGACAUAAAACAACAGUCUAAAUUGUUCCCAAGCAUUGCUCAGGGCCUUUUGUUGACUGCAAACUCCGUGCCGAAUGGGAAAUAAAAGCCAGGCAUCUGGAGAAUAAAGAAACCCGUGUUAAAAGUCAACCUCUGAACAAAUACCUGCACAUCCAACCUUGAUUGUGCCUUCCAGAAACACAGCUUGUAUCUCACCGUAUAUUUGCACGUGCUUUUGUCUGUCUGUUUAUGAUUAAAGUGCUGAGCUGCCAAGAAGUAUAAAUGCAGCACGUUAAAAGUAUGUGAUUCUGUGAGAUGUAAACUCCAGAUCCCUUGUCCCUUGUGAGUUCUCUGGUGCACUCGCUUGUUUAUUUGGUGUAUGUACAUUUGUGGUGUGUACACAGAAAGUGUUUUUGGUUUACAUCAGGAGGGUACGUUGACAUCUGUGUGAUACUAGACUGGUGAAUAGGAAGAAGGUCCCAUCUCUGGCCUGUUUGUGGAAGCUGGGAUGAUGAAGGCCCUGCAGUGGGAACGUGCUGUGGUACAGGGUUGAAGCUCCAGCCCAUGUCUGGUAGUUAUAGAGCAAUUGGAAGGGUUACGAGCAGAGUUCUGGUAAAGAUGGAAGAAUCUCAUUUCAACUCCUCCCCGUACUUCUGGCCAGCAGUGCCCACCGUCUCGGGACAGAUUGAGAACACCAUGUUCAUUAACAAGAUGAAGGAGCAGCUAUUGCCCACAGAGAAGGGCUGCAGCCUGGCUCCCCCCCACUACCCUGCCCUGCUGACAGUGCCCACCUCUGUGGCGCUGCCCACUGGGAUCUCCAUGGACUCGGACACCAAGCCGGAGCAGCUGACACCACACAGCCAAGCUCCCGUGACUCAGAACAUCACCGUGGUACCAGUGCAGUCUGCUGGGCUCAUGACAGCAGGUCCUGGUCUGGUGAUAACUUCCCCAUCAGGUUCUCUGGUGACCACAGCUGCUUCUGCCCAGACCUUUCCCAUCUCAGCUCCCAUGAUUGUCUCUGCGCUACCCCCUGGCUCCCAGGCAGCCCUGCAGGUGGUGCCAGACCUGUCCAAGAAAGGGACAACCACCCUCGCUGAAGGUGGCGGGGCUGGGGGAGUUGCCCCCAAACCGCCCCGGGGCCGCAAGAAGAAACGAUUGCAGGAGUCGGGGCUGCCAGAGAUGAGCGACCCCUUUGUGCUGACAAACGAGGAUGAUGAGGACCAGCACAAGGAUGGCAAGACAUACAGGUGCCGGAUGUGUUCGCUGACCUUCUACUCCAAGUCGGAGAUGCAGAUCCACUCCAAGUCCCAUACGGAGACAAAGCCACACAAGUGUCCUCACUGCUCCAAGAGCUUCGCCAACAGCUCCUACCUGGCCCAGCACAUUCGUAUCCACUCAGGGGCCAAGCCCUACACAUGCAGCUACUGCCAGAAGGCCUUCCGCCAGCUCUCCCACCUGCAGCAGCACACACGGAUCCACUCCAAGCUCCACACGGCGAUUGUCAAGCCGCACAAGUGUCCUCACUGCUCCAAGAGCUUCGCCAACACAUCCUACCUGGCCCAGCACCUCCGCAUCCACUCGGGGGCCAAGCCCUACACCUGCCGCUACUGCCAGAAGGCCUUCCGCCAGCUCUCCCACCUGCAGCAGCACACACGUAUCCACACCGGGGACCGACCCUACAAAUGUGCUCACCCUGGGUGUGAAAAGGCUUUCACCCAGCUUUCCAACUUGCAGUCCCACAGACGGCAGCACAACAAAGACAAACCUUUCAAGUGCCACAACUGCCACCGUGCAUACACGGAUGCUGCCUCGCUGGAGGUGCACCUGGCCACGCACACGGUGAAACAUGCCAAGGUCUACACCUGCUCCAUCUGCAGCCGGGCCUACACCUCGGAGACGUACCUGAUGAAGCACAUGCGGAAACACAACAUCCCUGACCCACAGCAGCAGGUGGUUCAGGCACAAGCCCAGGCCUCGCAGCAGCAGCAGCACUUCCAGCCGCAGGGCGGGGGGGCAGCAGGGGGCCCUUCUGGAGACACUAACCAACCCAACCCUCCCCCCCAGUGCUCCUUUGACCUGACUCCUUACAAGACUUCAGAGCAUCACAAGGACAUCUGCCUCACUGUCAGCACCAGCGCCAUCCAAGUGGAGCACCUCUCCAGCUCCUAGAGAGACCUCAACCCAGGGAGCAGAACGCCUCUUGUGCAUAGCCUGUGCCAGGGGCACUGCUUGUGCAGCGGCCCUCCUCGUGCAACAGUUUCCAGCCUCUCCUCCUGCAGCAGCCUCUUCUGGCUGUGUAACCCUGUUCAUGGCAGCCCCUUGCACAACAGCCUGUCUCAAGGGGGUGCUCCUUCUGUGCAACAGCCUGCCUGGUAGGAGGAUGCUUCCUUGUGCAAGAGCCCCUUUCCUGUGCUGGGAUCACUUCCUCAUGCAAGAGCCCCUCCUUUGAAACCCAAAGAAAGGCCCCUGUUUUGCCUUCUCUCUCACUGUAGGAUGUGUACGAAGCAGGGCUGCGUGUUGUGACACGCGUGGUGGAUGGGAUGGAGAGACGGCCCUUGUAUAUACAUGGGCUUGGACACGUGUUUUUAGCAGGCCACAGAAGAAUGUGGCAGGGUUCACAGCUGGAUGGGGUUCUUUGAGGAUUGCCUUGAGUGUCUAAGAGAGAAAUAUCCAUUCCUGUCCCUCCUGCUUGUGAAAGGGAGGAGGGGUCGCUCGUCCUGCCCCAAGGACUGGAUGGGAGAAACCUUCUCCUCAGUGGAAGGUGAGACCAGUGGAGGGGGGAGAGGUGAGGCAUGUUCUCUGGGAUGGACAGGUGCCUACACUGCCUAAGGGCUGUGGAGUAUUGCAUUCUUUCUCCUCCCCUAGUGGAGAGCAGUAGAGAGGAGUCUGUCUGAACUGGCUGCUGCCUCUCUCUCACAGCUGUCUGAGCAGCACAAUGGCCCCGUAGGAAUGUGGGUUCCUGCUCAUUGCCCUUCCUGCCUGUUGUGGAUGAUGUCCUAGCAGCUUGUACUCCUCCUCCUCUCCCUCCUGCUUUUCCCCUCCUCAGAAAAGCCUGCAGGCAUCAACAACAAACCAAAAAGCAACAGGAGGGAGGGUAAGAGACUGCCAAAAUAAUCAUCACCCUCUCUCUACUCCCUUUCCUGAAAGGCGGAAUGACAGCAGUUCUGACACUCACAUACCUGUCCUGCCCCAGUUUCCCAAAGGGAAAGAGGAGGAGGAGGAGGAGGAGGAAUAGACCAGUCUUUUCAAGGGGCUGGCAGGAAGCAGGGGAAAGGCUAGCUUCUCCUGCUCAUCUCUUGCCAGAGUGCUCUCCCAGGCUCCCUCUUGCCAAGACGGGCUGGACUCACAUGGCAGUGGUGGCCUCUUCUGGACCCUGGUCAUGGGAGAGAAUCCCCAAAAGGUGGACAGUGGAGAGAAGGGGAUGAAGAUCCCCACAGAGAGACCAAUCUAAUGAGAAGGGGGAGCCAACAAGAAUAAACUGAAGGCCCCUUGAAUUUAUAUAUAUAUAUAUAUAUAAAUAUCUAUUCCCCACCCCUGGCCCGCUCUGUCCUUGCUGUAACUGUUUCUAUCUCUGUGUUUAUAAAACGCAUUAUCCUGGCGAAUUUUUAUUUUCAAUCUUCGUUUGUUUUUCCCUUUCUCUUCGUCUUCAAUUCUCCUUCCUCUUUUUUUUUUUUAAUUGGUCCACAUGACUGCUAGUCUUGUGUGUUACUUAUUAGUUUCUUUGGAUCAUGGAGGCUGACUUGGAAGAGAAUGAGAAGGCAAGGGAAAAAGCAUGUGUUGUUGGGUUUUAAAAUCAGUCACCCACCCAAAGCCUAUAGAAUCCCAGACUUCUGUAUGAACAACCAAUAGGGGCUUCUAUUUUAUUUUUUUAACCACCCUGUAUAGAAAUAAAUUGGUGUAAAAGGCUCCUUGAAGGUGCUGCUGCGAGCAGCCUGCCCCUGUGACGUGUGUUCCUUCCCCCUGCAGCCGAGCCCUGCAGGAGCCUCUGGAGGGGCCGUGCAGGCAGGCACGAGGGCGGCACAUCCCUGCCUUUGGCACUUUGCGCUUUGCACAAGGACAGCGAGGAGCUCUGCACCUGGGGAGCCUGUGGCAGAAACCUUUUCUCUGGUUUAGUCACCAGGGUUGGCUGCAAACAGGUGGAGUGCUUGGUAGGUGCAUAGGCUAGGCUAGAAGGAGCUGUCUGGUUUGACUCCUGCAUUUCACAGGUGACAUUUCAAUCCAUUUAGCCUGUACUGAGAAUAGCCAAGAACUGUGUUGACAAAAUGCAUUGGCUUGAUUUUGAGGCACUGGGACACAAAAUCCAUUGGUAGUCUGCUGCAAGGGCUUCAUGUUUUCACUGUUUAAAUAUUUAAGCCAGAUUUCUCCUUGCUUUGGCUUCUGGUUCCUAGUUCUGGAAACAUUCAUCUCUCUGAUUCAGGGAGCCUAAAUGGGACUUUCCCCCCCAGACUUGCAUUUAUACACUCUAAUGUUUAAAUACUUCUCAAUCCACUUUUUGACAAGGUAAACAGAUAGAACUCAGUAAAUCUUCCACUGUAAGGGAUUUCUUCCAGUCCAUGAAUUAUUCUUGUCUUUUCUUUCUACAUGUUGUCAAAUUUUUCAUUAUCUUAUGAACAAAUUCAUUUUGGAAUUGAGUGUUAAAGCCCCAGUGCCAUGGGUGAGGUCCCCCUGGCUCUUUGCCUUAAGUCUGCAGAGGACUGCAUUUUCCCUCUUCUCACAGCAUGAUAGAGGAGCUCACAGUGGCUGCUUGUCUGGUCAAGACUAAUCAUCCCAAGUCUUGGCUUUCCAUGAUAGUGUUUUCCCUUCUCUACAGGAAUGCUCUGGGUUCUCGUUUCCUGGGUGCUUCACAUGGGGCUGUGUCCAAGUCCAGCCUGUGUAAAUGGGCCUGGCUGGCUGAUGAACCAGGUUACUCACAGCUUUCAUUGCUCUGUCACCCCCAGACUGUAUCAGUUGUUAUUUUUACUUUCAGAUCCAGGUUGAAAUACAAUAUUGCAUCUUGCUAACUUGAAAAGCAUUGAGUGCAACUUCUCAUUAGCUUUUUUUUGAGACUUGCAGGCUGAGCAUUUCUUAAUCCUCUUAGUAUUUGAUUAUGUACAGUUUAUCUUUCUGACUUAUGGUGCUAGGUCAAUGCCUUAUAAAAAUUUAAGUAUGUUGCACCUAUGCAGUCCCCUUCGUUAAACCAAAUGUAUAAUGAUGUCAUCUAAGAAUGAAAUUAGGGUUUGGGUUUUUUCUUUUUUUAACUACAGAAUCUGUAUUUUAUAAAACCUUUGUGUUAUAGGUUUUAUUUUUUCGUUCCCUAAUUCUUUAUCUUUGCAGUUUUUCCAUAACUUUGUCAUUGAGUCGUUUCAUUUGCCUUUUGGGAGUACUGUCAUGAGUGUCUUAAGGUAUUUGUUUAAUAUUCCAAGUUUAACUUAAAGAUCAGAAUCCCUGGGCUAGAGAGCUAGUUACUAAACUCUUUCAGGCCUCCUGUUUCUUUGUUGAUUUCAAAAUAUACAUCACUUGAAGGUGUUGUCUCAUCUCCUACUUUGAUACUAUGGUACUAGAUUGAAGUUGCUAUUUUCAUAUGACUGCUACAUUCUGUUCCUUUUUUAGAUGGAAUUGGAAGUAUUUCUUGACUGGUUUCUCCUAUCCCAUGUCACUAGCAUUUUCACCAUUUCUACCUAGCAUAGAUCAGUACUAUUAGUAAGAUUUCUUUCUUUGUUUUGUGAUUGAAAGGAAUGAAAGAGCAAAAUAUUCCUUUCCUUUUACCACUAGUUUUUCUAGUCACAAAGCUUUUCUUAAGAAUUUUCUCUAUUUUUGUGUCUAAUUUAUGUUAGUUGCUGUCUGGCCUUCACCUUUUCCAUCUGUUAUGUUUCUUCUUACAGGAGAGUUUAAUUCAUAUUCCUCUGCCUCCUUUCGUUUUUUUUGCCAUGGACAGCUCUAUUGAUAGUUUUGCUCCCCUUGGAAGUUAUCAGACUCAGCACAGGUUUAUUACUACUUGUGGCUCUCCUCUGCCUGUCUGUGUUCCACAUGGACAGGACAAAACUGCCAGCUUCACUCAAGUUGUUCUCUCUCUUGAAUGCAUCAUCUUGAAGUCUGAAAAAUGACUUGGUUUGGGUGCAGUGUCUUGAAUUAAGCUGGGAAGGCUUUAAAAGUCAGAGUAAUACCUUGCUGACUGGUUGAAUUCCCUGAGGAAUGGCUCACAAGUUAAAAUUCUUUGCAAUGUUUUUUCAUUUUAUAUGUUAAAGGUGUUUGAAAUCGCCUUUCCUGGUCCCUGGUUUGAGCUGUUGUUUUCUGAUGUCUGCUACCCUUUCCCUUCUUGGAAUCUGAUACCUAGCAUGGGCAUCCAUUUGUAUUUGAGGCUGUACAAUUCCUGUUACCAGUCAUUUCAAAGGUGUAACUGUUCGUGUUUGUGCAGUUUGCUGCUGAGCCUGUAGCUUUUACCGUUGCCCAGGAAGAAACUAAUUAUUUCUUACUAAGGGACUUUCCCAUUGAGCUUCAGAAAUGCCACUUUAUUCUGGGCCUCCUUUUCUUUCUUAUCAAUGAGAAUUUCUCUGUUUACCCAGUCCCGUUGCUGAUGUGGAAAUAAUUGAAGAUACCUUACCUUCAUUAUCUCUGUCACUUACUUGAGUUUGGAUUAGGUCUUCCUCUUUUGAUUCCCAUGGUUGUUUAAUAUAUUCAAAGUGCUCCAGAUGGUUUAAAAAGUGCAGUAGCUACCUGCGAGACACAGCAUGUAUCAACUUGUGCAAAAUUCUUCCCUCUUGAGAUGAAGCCUGAGGUUCUGCAGUCUGCAGCUUUGUGCACUCAAGCCAACAACAGUUCAAUUAUUUACCUCCCACUCACAAGAGUGGAAUAUUCUCUUAACAAGAUCCCAUGGUCCUUCAGCUCCAUGAAUUCUUUGACCGUGCAUUUUCAUUGUGCUGCCAAUCCAUUUGUUUCUGUAUGUUUGUACCCAAGAAGACUUGACAAUGACUCUGGAGUUCUGUAUUAGGUUGCAUCUUGUAUCUUUGCUGAAAGGCAAUAGCACUUUUUCUUCUUGUCCUUUUCCAAGCUGAUUUUCUGUUCUUAGUUGAAUUUUACAAAUUAUCAUUGCUUUAAAAGGAAACAUCAUGUAGGCUGGAAUCAUUUAGAAAAGUCACCCACAAACAGUAACAGAAUCUCAGCCGUGACUAAUGAUAGUAUUGCUGGUCUAUAAUUCAGUUAAAUCUUCAAGAAAGAUUUAAGACUUUUAUAAUUUAAAGCCUUAUGGUUAAUCAACCAUGUCCCUUAUUACAGUUUUUUUGUUAGUUAUCACUGCCAUUGAAACUGCCACUCUAUAUUACUACUUUUUUUUUAUUUUAAUCCAUAGGGUCUUGCUAUGCCUUUGUUGAGUACAUUGAAGUCUUCUGCUAUAAGAAGUCUUUCUUCUUGUGUAAUGAAUUACAGACCAUGAUCAAGUCACUGUAUUCAUCUUUCCAAACAGCUGAAUUAAAUUGAGCUGGCUGAGGUGUCUCACAGUAAGGCUUGGCUCCAUCAUGUAGUUCUUAUCUGUUGCCUUUCUUUUCCCUUUCAGUGACCCAGCUGUGUAGUGUUCAGUUAAAGUCUUGCUACAUUAGGCCUAGAUGGCUAUCUUCAGCCACCAAACUUAGACUACCAUACAAAGAUAUCCAGUUCUUUUAAUUAGGUCUUUUCCUUCAAAUUAAAACAAACAAUAUGUUUCUUUCCUUAGCUGAGUGCAAGCCCUGACAAUGCCACUGUGAUUUUGCCACAUCAGUGUUAGGUUAACUGCCUUACAGCAACCUGGAUGAGCCCACUUGCUUUGCAAAUACUUUUUAAGCAAAAGUAUUGGCUGGUCUGGAACACAUUCAGAACUUCAAAGUUGUUUGGAAAAGAAAGCCCAUUGCUUCCAUCUGCUUGCCAGAUAAUUCUUUUCAAAUUACUGAUUGUCAGUUUCUAGCUAUGCAACUUCUAGGAUGUUUUAUUUAAUGGGUAGAACUAAACAUCUUCCUAAAUCUCAUUGGCAAUAGGUAAUAUUUCAUUACCUCAUGGAUGUGUCUACAUCAUCCAACUUUCUUCCUAAUAUAGAAUAUAAUUAUGAGAUUCUGUCUGUCUUCUAUAUUUUUAUUGAUUAUUUUAUCAUCUUUAUAUCAACUAAAGGAUAUAUAUCAUGUUUAGGAUUUUCUUCUGAUAUUUUGCAGGUAAUGUACCUGAAAGCUGCCCAAGUUUACUAGUGCAGUUUCAGAACAUAGAAUGAAAUUGCUCUGUACACUUCCUUAACUACAAGAUAGGUACCUGUUCAAUCGUCCUUUCAGGUACAACAGAUUAAAUUUGUGUGCAUGGUUUCUUGUUUCUGUAUAGUAGAACACCAAAGUACUAGAGAGAUGUAGUAACUUGGUCCAACAAACAUUUCGAUUUCAUGUAGUGUCUGUGUAAUGAAUGGAAAAAAACUGCAAGAAAAGAAAUCGUGACACCAAAGAACUAGAGUCUACGCCUAGUUUUGCUGCUGAAGUAGGGUAUGUUUCUGAAACAUGGACACCGUUAUAAUUUGUGGCCUUUGGCAUCCUCUUUCAUUUGUAAAGCUAAUUAACCCCCUCGGGGCCAAGUGCUGCAGAUCAAUCAUUUGCCCUUCAUGAGAACAGUGUGGGUACCUCUCUUGUUUCCUGAAGACAGGAAAUUAAAAGUUCAGGGACUUCUGAACUGAGAAUGUUAAAGAGAAGAGCUGAACGUACCUCAACAGCAAAAAGGUAACAGAACAAGGGUCAGAAGUUACAGCUGUUCUGCUGGGCUCUGCAUGAGGAUCCCUCCCAAGCACUGGCCUUCACCUCACAGUCCUUGGACAACAUUUAAGAAGUCUAUAAGGUAACUGAAAUCUGGAGGCUUGAAUUUGGUAUGCAGAUGUUUACAUUUCCAAGGGAAAACACACAGGCAUCUGUAGAUCAAUAAAGGUUGAGAACCACUCCUGCAGACUGCUUCCAUAGGCCGUGCAGCUUCCCUGUGGGACGUGCCGAGGCCUGGGCAGCACCGCUCAUCCCGCAGCUGGUCUGUGGGACCAGGAGCUACCUACAGGAUUAACUGCAGGAUGCAGCUGUGGCAGCACCCUGGGCUGAGGGGGGAGUGUCAUAACCACAGGGGUUAGCGUGUGAGGCUGGGUGAGGGUUAGACAUCAAUGGGCCCGGGUCUCCAGAGCUUAUUUCAGCUGGGAAAGCACCUUCCUGCACAGCCAUUUGUGCCCGUGCUCCGACUGCAACGGGCAGAAGUGUUUGAAAAAAUACUCCUCCUCUCAACAAAUAACUGCCCUGCUGACACUUCCUCUGUGGGUGAGGCUGCCUCUGGAGCCCUGAGCAAUGCAAACCCUUUCUUUGACUUUGUAAAGAAAGCAAAAUAACAAGCUUUCUGGGACUCAGAGCUCAGGAACUAGUUUUUGCUGGAAUGGUAGAGUUUCUACUGCUGUGAGACCACACAGGCACACAGAACUGC